CCCCUCCCGAGCAUCAUCUCGCCGCGGCCCCUUCACAGGUUCUCCUGCGCAUCGCCUUGGCGAGCCAGGCGAGGUCGGGGCGUGGGUAGGUUGGUAGGUGGGUGAGUGAGUGGAUGGGGGCUCCCGGGUUUUUGCGCAUGGCUCUCCGGCGAGGCUGACGGUCCGUUCAGCACCAGGGACAGCGGCAAAGCGCUCCAGCACCACGGAGAGCGCUCCGUUGCCCCAAAAGAGGAAGCGCCGGCUUGGACUUCAGCACCACGGACAGCGGCCGAAAGGUGGGGGGCGACUUAGAAGGAACUUGGGCUGGGUUAGAGAUUGCGGUGCCCCCCAAAAAACAACUCAAAGAAGCCUCCAUUCUCUGCAGUCUCCCCACCUACACACACACACACACCCCUCAUUCAAUCCUAGGAGCUGCCGGAACCGCCUGCACCACUUGGAUUGUAACCCCCCCAUAUUGAAGUGGGGGUGGAACGCGAAAGGACAGAGGCAAUGUCUUUAUUUUGAGGGAGAAGAUUCCUCGCCCACCCGCUUCAAUGGCUCUUCUGAUCUGCCUCUGCCUCCUUGGGAUCCUGAGAAGGACCCUGGGCACAGACACGGAGGAGCGGUUGGUAGAACAUCUCCUGGAUCCGUCACGGUACAACAAGCUGAUCCGCCCGGCCACCAAUGGAUCCGAGUUGGUCACUGUGCAGCUGAUGGUAUCAUUGGCCCAGCUCAUCAGCGUGCACGAGAGGGAGCAGAUCAUGACCACCAACGUGUGGCUGACCCAGGAAUGGGAGGAUUAUCGCCUUAUGUGGAACCCAGAGGAGUUUGAUGACAUGAAGAAGGUGCGGCUGCCAUCCAAACACAUCUGGCUUCCAGAUGUUGUGCUCUACAACAAUGCCGACGGGAUGUACGAGGUGUCCUUCUACUCCAACGCCGUCGUCUCCUAUGACGGCAGCAUCUUCUGGCUCCCUCCGGCCAUCUACAAGAGUGCCUGCAAAAUCGAGGUGAAGCAUUUCCCCUUCGACCAGCAGAACUGCACCAUGAAGUUCCGCUCGUGGACCUACGACCGGACGGAGAUCGACCUGGUGCUGAAGAGCGAGGUGGCCAGCUUGGACGACUUCACCCCCAGCGGGGAGUGGGACAUCAUCGCCCUGCCGGGACGGCGCAACGAGAACCCCAACGACUCCACCUACGUGGACAUCACCUACGACUUCAUCAUCCGCCGCAAGCCGCUCUUCUACACCAUCAACCUCAUCAUCCCUUGCAUCCUCAUCACCUCCUUGGCCAUCCUGGUCUUCUACCUGCCUUCCGACUGCGGCGAGAAGAUGACCCUCUGCAUCUCGGUCCUCUUGGCUCUCACCGUCUUCCUGCUUCUCAUCUCCAAGAUCGUGCCGCCAACCUCGCUGGACGUGCCGCUGGUAGGCAAGUAUCUGAUGUUCACCAUGGUCUUGGUCACCUUCUCCAUCGUCACCAGCGUCUGCGUGUUGAACGUCCACCACCGCUCGCCGACCACCCACACCAUGCCGCCCUGGGUCAAGGUGGUCUUCCUCGACAAGCUGCCCACCCUCCUCUUCAUGAAGCAGCCCCGGCAGAACUGCGCCCGCCAGAGGUUGCGCCAGAAGCGGCAGAACCAGGAGCGGACGACCGGGAGCUUCUUCCUCCGCGAAGGAGCCAGGUCCUGCACUUGCUACGUCAACCCAUCCACGGUCAAGAAGUUCGGGACCGGGAGCGGCGGCGAUGGCGGGGGGAGGCCCUUUACGGAAACGUCGGAGCCGGGAGUCAACGGUUACCGGGACAGGCCGGGCCAAACGGUGCCACCACCAGGCCCCUGUUGCUGCGGCCUGGAGGAGGCUGUGGAUGGAGUACGCUUCAUCGCAGAUCAUAUGAAGAGCGAAGACGACGACCAGAGUGUGAGCGAGGACUGGAAGUACGUUGCCAUGGUGAUCGACCGCCUCUUCCUGUGGAUCUUCAUCUUCGUCUGCGUCUUCGGCACCAUUGGCAUGUUCCUGCAGCCUCUCUUCCAGAACUAUGCCACCAAUUCCCUCUUGCAGAUCAGCCACGGUGGUCCCGGCUCCAAGUAGCCCCUGGCCUCGCCCUUCUCCUUUGCCAACCUUUUCGGAGCGAGCGAAGAGAGGCAGGCAAAGG